AUGACCACUGAGAACUUAACGCAUAUAAUUGUCGGACUUGGGAACCCGCUUCUCGACAUUUUGGUUGAUGUGACACCUGAGUUCCUUAGCAAGUAUGGCCUUAAGUUGGAUAACGCGAUCCUGGCGGAUGAAAGUCACGCACCUAUGUUUGAAGAAAUUGUGACACUCAAACCUGCAUUCGUAGCCGGUGGUGCGACGCAAAACUCCAUUCGAGUCGCUCAGUGGAUGCUUAAUAAGCACAACAAGACGGCGACGUCCUUCUUUGGCUCAGUUGGAAAAGAUGCGCACGGUGCCAAACUCAAAGAAUGUGCUCAGAAGGACGAAGUUAAUGUUUUGUAUCUUGAGCACGCCGACAUUAAGACAGGCACUUGUGCCGUGUGUGUCUACAAGUCGGAACGCUCAUUAAUCGCUGACUUAUCGGCUGCCAAUCAUUUUCAUCAUGACCAUUUGGCAAAGCCUGAGAGUCAGGAUAUCAUUAACAAGGGUCAGUUCUAUUACUCGGCCGGUUUCCAUUUGACAGUCUCACCCACAGCCGUCAUGGCUUUGGCAAAACAUGCCACGGAGAACAACAAGACUUUCCUUAUCAAUCUUGCAGCUCCUUUUAUCGUCGAGUUUUAUAAAGACCCUCUUUUGUCUGUUAUCCCUUACGCUGACUUUGUAUUUGGAAAUGAAAGCGAAGCAAAGACGCUCGGCAAAGUGCAAGGCUGGGGCGAAGACAUCAAAACAAUCGCCCUCAAGACUGCACAGCUGGAAAAAGCCAACGGCUCGCGUUGUCGUACUGUCGUGUUUACUCAAGGCGCUGACGCUACGAUCGUUGUGCACCAGGGUAAAUUAAUAUCAUUUGAUGUACCCACGAUCGCUGCUUCAUCAAUCGUCGACACAAACGGCGCGGGAGAUGCUUUUGUGGGUGGUUUUAUCUCCCGUUUGGCUUUGGGUUUACCUCUUGAGCAGUGCAUCGUCGCUGGCCACUGGGCCGCCCAGGUCGUCCUCACCCGAUCCGGCUGUACGCUUCCAGAGAAUUGCGACUUUUAG